UAUGUUUAUUUAAUGAAAUCCUUACUGGUUGGAUUUUCUACCUAAUCAAACUUGGAAAUCUCAACAACCUCAAAUCCUCCUCCCUGGUUUUUGUUUCUUUGGAAUGAUUUUCAUAUUGUCAUCAGAAAAUCACAAUUGAAACAGGGGUGGGUGAGCAGAGAAGAGAACUCACCCCUUAACAUUUUUUCCUCUGGGGUUUCCACUUUCAAGGUGCCAGGGCUCUCCUUUACCUUUUUUAGUUGAUGGGUUCAUCUAAAAAUCCAUUCUUUUUCAUGUGUGUAUAAUUUGAGUUGUGGUCAAGUUUUGUCUGGCAUGUUGUUUGAAAGAUCUUGGGGAGACCCACUGAUUGUAUUGUGUGGUUUCGUGGAACCAAUCGAUGUGCGAAAGCUGGUGUUUUUUGACUCCUUUUUGAGGAGGUUGUAGGAAUAUUAUCUACCACUAUAUGAUGUUUGCUUAGUUAUUGGCUUAUUGCCAUUGAUUGUUCUUCCAAGGUUGGUGGCCUAACUUUAGUCUUGCCAUUUUCAAAUGCUUUUCUUCUUGAUUACUUCCUUUACUUUCAUCACCCUUUUGUACAAGUCUCUGGCUUUCAAGCUAGUUCCCACAUGGGCUUCUGAAUUUAGAUUGCAAUUGUUGUUCCGCCUUUGGAAAGAUUUGUCUCUCCUAACCUUGGUUAGGAAGAAUUUGUUCUCUUUGAUUCCUUUAAGAAUGUUGGCGAUGAGGAGUAAGCCCGGUGGCUGCUCCAAGGCUGAUGAUCACGUUGAGACAACGGUGUCCCAAAUGUCGGUCCUAGAUUUGCCUGAUUUGGUGUUAGAGUGCAUUCUCGAAAAGGUCCCUCCCGAGGGGCUUUGCCACCUGGCUAGCGUGUGUAGCUCCUUGAGGGAGCGAUGCAUGAGUGACCAUCUAUGGGAGAGGCACUUGAAGCAGAAAUGGGGCGGGAUUAUCGGUCCUGCUGCCUAUAGGGAAUGGCAGUGGCAUAUUGCCUUGAGAAAAGAUUCGAGAUUGUUUAACCAAGCCAAGGAGAAAGGCUUGGGGAGUUAUCUCUCCCGGUUGUGGCCUCUUUCUGUGAUUGUCGGCCCAAAUUUGGGCGCUGGUGACAAGAGGAAUAACUUGCCCCCUAUCGAUUCUGUCAUGUUCUGGUAUCUUGCUCUUGAAUCUGGCAAGUUUUGGUUCCCUGCUCAAGUCUACAACCGAGAGAAUGGUCACGUUGGGUUUAUGUUAUCUUGCUAUGAUGCUGAACUUAGCUAUGAUCCUAGGACCGACACUUUCCAUGCCAGAUAUCCACCUCAUGGUAGGAUGGCAGUUGCAAUCGAGACUGGCGUGACAUGGGAUAGACUAAGAGCUCCUCUCGUUGAUAACCCUGCACAUGAUCUUCACAUCUCGGAUUGCUUGUAUGAUUUGCGCCCCGGAGAUCAUAUUGAGAUCCAAUGGAGAAGAAACAAAAAAUUUCCUUAUGGCUGGUGGUAUGGUGUUGUUGGCCACUUGGAAACAUGUGAUGGGAAUCAGCAUUAUUGUCGUUGUCACGAAUGUGAUACUGUAGUGCUCGAGUUCAAUCAGUAUUCACCUGGUUCGCGGUGGAGAAGAACAACCGUUAGCAGAAAAGACCAUCGUGAGGAAGGAAACGAGGCAGAAGGGUUCUACGGAGGAAUCCAGAAAGUUGAAAGCCGCGAAGUGAUCUCUACGUGGAAGCGGCUAUGGCCUGCUCAAGUCCUGGAAUAGAUUGCCAGAACAGGCACACUUGAAAUAGCAGUUUUUAGGGGAAGAAUUGAAGAAAUCCAAUGAAGUCUACAUUUUCAUGAGGUUAUUCUUUUUAGUGGUCAGUGGGUAAAACCGUAAAAACUUCAUACCUUUGUAGGGGUGUUUGACACUGUAAUUCUGUAAAUUGCAUCUUGUCCAGAUCCAAAUCCAUGGACUGUAAUUGCCACAGUGCACUGCAGUUGUCCAGUUAAUCUUAUUGAACUAAAGCAAUAGAUUUUAAAAUCGUUCUCAGAUUUACCA